AUGCUGGCCGAAAACGAAAAGAAGCAUGGCGACAGGGGCGCCGCAGACGCCAGCCAAUUUGUCAUUGCUAUUACCGAUUCCGACUUGGAAGCGGUACAUCGAGAUACGUCAGAAGCAGCAGGAUGGAAACCCUCAUUCCACGAGCUGCUAAUCAUGGUCGCGCUGUCACUUAUUUCCCUAAUGGUGGCUCUUGAUGCCUGUAUCAUUGUCACAUCACUCAGCGCUAUCGUGACCGAUCUUGGGGGCGAUACCACACAGGGGUUCUGGAUCGGGACGUCCUACCUCUUGUCCAAUGCUGUCACCAUGCCCUUCAUUGCUGCAAUCAGCGGUAUUUUCGGUCGACCGAUAUGUCUCAUAGCUGCGCUCUCAUUCUUUACAGUCGGAACAUUGCUUUGCUGUCUUGCACAUGGUAUUGUCCUUAUGCUUGUCGGAAGAUCGUUGCAGGGCGUGGGAGGAGGAGGCAUCAUCGUGCUCAGUUUGGUCGUGUUUACGGAUAUUGUACCACUUAGAUACCGACCCAAGUGGUAUGGAACCGUUCUUGGAGCAUGGGCCUUGGGCAACUGCCUCGGUCCCAUCCUCGGCGGCCUCAUUGUCGAGCAUACAACCUGGCGCUGGGUCUUUUACAUCAUGUUUCCAUUUUGUGCCUUCGGUCUUAUCAGCAUUCCCUUACUCUUGACCUUGAAGCCGCGGACCGAAACGAUGAGGGUGAAGCUUGCCCGGGUUGAUUGGACCGGAUCCAUGAUAUUUCUCUCAUCGGCCACACUCUUUCUCAUUGCCAUCUCCUGGGGUGGCAUCCAGUAUGCUUGGAAAGACAAGGAAACGCUUAUUCCGCUCUGUCUUGGCGUUGCCGGCCUUGGUCUUACCUACAUUUGGGAGUCGAGAAUCGCCACGGAACCUUUCCUACGCAAAAGCCUGUGCUUGCGCCCAAGCUCAAUCGCCACAUAUUUCUGUGGAAUGGUGCAAGGACUCGUCAUUUACGGCCAGUUGUACUAUGGUCCAUUCUAUUUCUUGUCCGUCAAGGGCUACAGUCCGGUCCAUACUGGCUUGGCCCUCUUUCCAGUCAUGUUUACCCUUGUGCCUGGCUCGGUCAUUGUCGGCAACCUCGUCACCCGGACCAAUAAUUAUCAGUACCCAAUCUGGAUCGGUUGGCUCAUGGCGGCAUUAGGAUCCGGGCUCAUGAUCAAGUUUGACUUGGACACUUCCAUCGCACAAUGGGCUAUUCCACUUGUGGUUCUGGGUCUCGGUCAUGGUGCAAUACUAAACGCACAAAACUUUGCUACCCAGGCAAUGUGCAAGCCCGGGGAAGAAGGCGCUGCUGCCGCCAUGUACGGAUUCAUGCGCCAAUUCGGCAUGGCACUCGGCGUUGGCGUCGGGGGUUCAGCCUUUCAAAAUGUCAUGGCUCUCAAACUCUCAUGGGAGGGUCUGCCCGAGGACAUUGCCAAGAACUCCGAGGCCUAUGUCGAUCGCCUGUGGGCCCUACCUGAUGAGCAAAUGAGAACCCGAAUCCUGAACGCAUAUGUAUUUGGAUUCAAGGGCGUAUACAGUGUCUACUUUGGUAUCGCUACAGUGGCGCUGUUGGUCAGUCUGGUGGGAAUCAAGCAUUAUGAUAUGAACAAGGAGGUUGCAACAGAUCACAAACUACACCGAAAUCGGUUCACCAAACGUUUGGAAGCGAGUUCACGACGUACAUCGGUGGUCAACUUGAUCCAAAGGGCAGAGGAUGCCGAUCGACCUUCGCCUUAA